UUUUUUUUCCACCUUCUCAAUUGCUUGUUUUAUUACAUGGAUAUGGGCAAGUGGAUCAGCGUGCUGAAUACAUGAUUUUUAUUUCUUCAUCAUCAUUUGUUUUCUGAAGACAUUAUUUUUCUCAAAUUUGUCCCUCAUUGGGGGUUCCUGAUGAUUGGGGGUGGCAUUAUAUGGAUAUAGGCAUUAUUUUGUUUUUGGUUAUUUCCUUGCAUCAGCCAAUUCAACUUACUCCUUGGUUCUUGCAGAUGAUGGUAGGGAAGACCUAUUUGAAAAAAAAGCCUUAUGAAUAGAUGGUCGUGUCUACUUCUAUAUUUACUUCGGUGUUUUUAACCUAUUUGUUAAUAUUUCAUUACAGGAAGUUACAAAAAAGGCCCAAGAAGAGGCUUCUGAGCAUGUGAGAUGUCUGGAAGAAGAUUUGGGAAAGUUGAGUACAAGUUUUUUGUUGAUGGAGAAUGGCGGCAUGAUGAGCACCAACCAUUUGUAAGUGGAAAUUAUGGGGUGGUGAACAGUGUCUUCUUAGCUAGGAAGCCUGAUGUGAUUCCUGCAAUUUAUACUCCAGAGACACCUGGUAGAUCUAGUAUGGAUGUGGAUAAUGAUCCAUUUUUUCAUUUUUUGGAAGCAAAUUAUCUUACAAAAGCUUUUGUAAUACAAGUUGGUCUAGUUGAUAAGAACAAGGCUAUGUGUGACUUUUGGCUGGUGUUGAUUUUUGCUGCCAUAGGACCUGAUUUUUUGGUUGAGAAUUGUGAAUUUAAUUUUUGA